AUGGCACAACUCACCACCACGGUGAAUACCCUUAACUUUUCCUCCACUCCUGGAUAUUCACCCAAAAUCUCCUGGUCCACUGGUGUGGCUCCUACGGUGGUGAUGUCCAUCUGCUUCCUGCUGGGAUUCCCUGGAAACAUCGCUGUCAUCAUUCUCAAGCCAGACUGGGAGACCAUGUCCAAUCUGAGCCAGAGUUUGAUGCUUAGUCUGGCUGUGUCAGACCUGCUCUGCAUGCUUACCAUUCCAGUGUGGAUUUACUCUUUACUCAAUAACUGGAUGAUAGGUCUGGUGUCCUGCAAACUCAUAAUGUACUUUGUGUAUUGCACCAUUUAUGGCAGCCUGCUGACUGUGACUCUGCUGAGCGUCCAGCGUUACCUUCAGGUUGUUCACCUGCAGAGGAGUUUAAAUCGGGUUGAAGCAUGGAAGCUGCUGGUUCCGCUCUGGCUGGCUGCAAUGAUCCUGUCCACUCCUGAGUUGGUAGUUCGAAAGCUGGUAGAACAACAACACUGGACAAUAUGCAAAAAUAAACACUCUUCUGAUGGCCAGAGCUAUUUCCUUGAAAAAUGA